UCAGGGCUGCAGCAUUUUCCAUUCAACACAGCUGAUAAUAACAUAAGAAUUGUGAAAUCCGUUUUGAUAAUAGAUACGACACGCUAAUUAGAGUACCCGAAAAGAUGCAGAAAGUGCUGGGCCGUAUACAGGCGCACAUCCUGCGCACACGCUCUCAAAAUGCCAGUGUUUCCAUGGUUAGACACGACUCCACGAAGCCGGCUGCCACUUCAAAAGAAUUUCGUGAGCGCCAGGUGCGUUUCAACAUAAAAAAUGAACAGACCGAGGGUCGUCCUCUGUAUUUGGAUGCGCAGGCUACCACACCGAUGGAUCCCCGUGUGCUGGACUCCAUGCUCCCCUUCCUAACUAACUAUUACGGCAAUCCACAUUCCCGGACUCAUGCUUACGGCUGGGAGACAGAACAGGCGGUGGAGAAGGCGCGAGAACAGGUCGCCACUUUAAUUGGUGCCGAUCCCAAGGAGAUCAUCUUUACUUCGGGCGCCACAGAGUCGAACAACAUUGCCGUCAAGGGGGUGGCCCGCUUCUAUGGAGCCAAGAAGCGGCAUGUAAUCACCACACAGACGGAGCACAAGUGUGUUUUGGACUCCUGCCGCGCUCUGGAGAACGAGGGUUUCAAAGUCACCUACUUGCCGGUGCAGGUCAACGGCAUCAUAGACAUGAAACAGUUGGAGGAAACCAUAACACCAGAAACGUCACUGGUGUCCAUUAUGACGGUGAACAAUGAGAUCGGAGUCAAGCAGCCCAUCAACGAGAUUGGCCAACUUUGUCGCUCACGCAAAGUAUUCUUUCACACGGAUGCAGCUCAGGCUGUCGGUAAAAUCCCGCUCGAUGUGAACGCCAUGAACAUCGACCUGAUGUCCAUUUCCGGACAUAAAAUCUAUGGCCCGAAAGGCGUGGGCGCCUUGUAUGUGCGUCGCAGGCCGCGAGUUCGUUUGGAACCCAUCCAGAGCGGCGGUGGACAGGAGCGUGGCCUGCGAAGCGGCACUGUUCCCGCUCCACUUGCUGUAGGUUUGGGAGCCGCUGCCGAAUUGGCUCUACAGGAAAUGGAUUACGACAAGAAAUGGGUGGACUUUUUGUCGAACCGCCUGCUGAACAGGAUAUCGAGUGCCUUGACACAUGUGAUUAGGAAUGGAGACCCCGAUGCCACCUACAAUGGUUGCUUGAACUUGUCGUUUGCCUAUGUAGAGGGCGAGUCCCUUCUGAUGGCCCUAAAGGAUGUGGCUCUGAGUAGUGGCUCCGCCUGCACUUCUGCCUCCCUGGAGCCCUCCUAUGUACUGAGAGCCAUUGGCACCGAUGAGGAUCUGGCCCACAGCUCCAUUCGUUUCGGAAUCGGUCGCUUCACAACCAUAGAGGAAGUUGACUACACGGCAGAUAAGUGCAUUAAGCAUGUGGAACGAUUGCGUGAAAUGUCGCCUCUGUGGGAAAUGGUCCAGGAGGGCAUCGACCUUAAGACCAUUCAAUGGUCACAGCACUAAGCACUAUGUUAGUCGUUACUGUUAUUAUGAAAGCGAAAUAAAUUAGUCUGAGAGUACCAGUUUCCAGGUUUAAUUUAAAUGUUUGAAAAAUAUAAAAAUUCAAUU